UGUUUCUUAAAAUUCCUAGAAAAACGCUUCUUGCUUCUGCGCGGCGGCUCGGAGGCUGAAGUGCGUUCCAGGUCGGACCCCCCGCAACCCGCGCCUUGGCCACGGAAGGCACUGCUGCUGGAGUUAUGAUGGAUGUCAAUACUGCUUUGCAAGAGGUGCUGAAGACCGCCCUGGUCCACAACGGCCUAGCACGAGGAAUUCAUGAAGCUGCCAAAGCGUUAGGCAAGCACCAAGCCCAUCUAUGUGUGCUCGCGUCUAAUUGUGAUAAACCUACGUACAUCAAGUUGGUGGAAACCCUUUGUGCUGAGCACCAAAUCAACCUAAUUAAGGUUGAUGACAACAAGAAACUAGGAGAAUGGGUAGGCCUCUGUAAAAUUGAUCGGAAGGGGAAACCCCGCAAAGUGAUAGGUUGCAGCUGCGUGGUGGUUAAGGACUAUGGCGAAGAAUCUCAAGCUAAAGAUGUUAUUGAAGAGUACUUCAAAUGCAAGAAAUGAACAACAACAAAAUUGGCUUAUUUUCUUCUUAAGUUCCUAAAAACGU